AUGGGUACAGGUCCUCUACAAUUAAAGCUCUCCAGUGAAACUCCAGUAGACACCUUGCAGUUUAGAGAGUCAGAAAGUUCAAGCUCAACAGCUGAUGCAUAUUCAGAGGAAACAGCUAAUUUGGAAAAAGGAAAAUCAACAUUAAACAAAGUCUUGGAGUCUUUUUGUUCAUAUCACUGGCGACAGACUUUGGCUAUGUUAAAAUUUUUAAUACAAGACGAAAAUGUUCCUAUAGUUUGCAGUUGCAAGCAAACACAUUUGGUCCACUCUGACACUACCAGUUCCCUUACUGAAGAGGAUGUUUACGUUUCAUUCUGCAAUUGCAGUGGACAUAUGCUGACAAAAAGGUGCUGUUUACAAAAUCAAAGACCAAACAGUUGUUUACCACCUCUGUCUGUUUGUAUUAAAGAUUUCCAUUCUUUGUCAUGCCAAGCUGUAGCGAUUGGAUGUAUUAAGACAGUGGUGAACCAAGCAUGUAGUUCUCAUAAGUAUUGUGCUGAACAAUUGCAAAAUUCUAACAGGCAUUCUGUGAAAGCAGCAACAUGUACAUACUCAACUAAGGACUGUGAUCUCCUGAGCAGCAUUAAAAAUUCAAAUAGAUCUCGCAGCCCAUCACCGCCUCCACUAUCACCUGUACAGAGUAAAGAAUUUGAAUCAUCAGAAGCAUCAGUUAUAGAUUUUCCGGCUUUAGACAAUAACAAGCUUGAAAUAUCCAUCAACCAGCCUCCAUCCCUCUUGCCAGCUGAAGGAAGCAGAGGAGAAAUUGAAUAUGAGGGUAAAACAUGCAGAGGAAAAGAGAUCAAAUAUUCAGAUGGAACGUUGCUAUCAACCAACCAAGAAAGCAACAAUUAUACAAAUUCUGAGAAGGCUGAGAAAGGUGAACAUUCUGCCAUUUUUCAAGACUUAAUGGACCGUAUUAAUGAAAAGUUAAAAUCAAUAGACACUACAGAUAUAGCAACAAAUCUUGUAAAGCUUUCUAGCAGUGACAGGGCACCAGAAAAUGAUGUCAAAUUAGGAGACUUCAUAACCUCUCUUUUGCAUAGUGCUAAACCAAGUGAUUACAGCUUUAUGGAAUUACUACAUCAACAUGAUAAGCAAAUGGAAAAUAAAAUUAUCCAAACAAGAUUUCGCAAGCGUCAGGAAACUUUAUUUGCAAUGUAUAAUUCUCCUGAUUCACCAUUCAUUCGACGACAGUCUUUGCAAAUCAAGAGGGAGCUUGCAAGCCUCGAUGAAACUCUUAGCAGCUCCAGCUUUCUAGUUCUUUCAGAAAACAGUGCUAUUGCAGCCAGCCAGGCGAAACUCACAAAAACACGAGGAGGUUGUGUAGCCUUAGGAGAGACUGAUCAGAUUCCACUAAAAGGUGAGAGUAAUGAAAUCUUAGGCAGAACUAAACGUAAUGUUGUGCCUCCUCGAUGGUACUCUGUGUAUGUAACAAACAAUAUUGUGUUCAGAAAGUCAUCCAAUGCAAAAAAGGCUUUAGAAAGCUCGGAGAAAAUGAAAAUAAAUCAAGAUUUUCAUGCUGAAAGAUGCAGUGACAUAAAUAUAAGCAAAAUUGUGAGAGACACAAAUCUGCAAGUUGUUGUAGAGCGUUUAGAAGAUACAAUAAACUUAGCCAGAAAGACUAACAACUCAUUGCUGGAUAGUUACAAAAUAAGCCAAAAAUUAAAAGAUAAUGCUUAUGAACAGGUUAUGAACCCAGCUGCUGGAAGAGGCUUACCUUUCACUCUGAGUGAAACGGGAUGCAUAGGACAAAGCUUCUUUCCACAUUCACGCGUGCCAAGCAGCAGUAAAACCAAAACUGUGUGUGUGACAACAACCCAACAAGAAAUGGUUAUAGAUCAAGAAAUUAAUGACGGCCUUUUGAAAUCUCUGACCUUUGAUUCAUUCAGUUCAAAUUCCAGUAAUGGGGACUUGCAUACAGCUUCUGAAGUUGGGGAGAUCUCAUCUCCGUUAAGCUACUCUAGUCCUGUUAAGCUUAUGUUUGUCUCGGAGGUUAAUAGUAGUGAAGGAGUCAAAUAUACUUUGACAUCUGCAGUUGCAUCUGCUAAAGGAAGCACAGACAUUUGUUUCUUUCAGGGGCAUGCAAACGCUUUGUUAGACGAACAGUCCACAGGAGAUCUUUCUCAUGCAAUCUGUGUCAAGGAUCGUGAUUACAAUGAAAAAUAUACCAAGGAGGAGUCAAGUUGUGUUUAUGCGGAAGCAAUUGCGAGCUCUUGUCCAGUUGGUCAAACUAACUUAAAUGACUUGAAACAAAAUGAAGGAGUUGUGGAGAAAUCAAGCAGUAGCAGUGAAUCAGUUUUAAAAAGAAAACCUGGUAGGCCAAAGAAAAUAGGUCCUCAAGUUGUUAAACAGGUUAAAAGACCUAUUGGACGACCUCCAAAACCAAAAAUGGACAUGGCUGAAAGCUCAGAACAUAGACCUGAACUUAGCAGUGAUGGUGAAAGUACCAAGUCUGAUGCAGCAGUAAUGCAAGAAGUUAACAGCAACAAAAACAUUAUUGUGACGGUUGUUUUUGGAAGGUCAAGAAGAACUAAGAGACAUGUUUCUGAAGGUAACCUGAAUCUAAUCAGCAUUCUGCCCACACAACGCAUUGAUUCUAAUUUUGCCAAUGACCACAGCAAAGCGAGCCACAAUGCAGAAACUGAAAAUGCUUUCACUGAAAUAGUAAAAGCCUUACAGCAUUCUUCUACUGAAAACGAGGUCUCUGGUUAUGACUAUGUCAGACCUAUCAAGAGUAACCUAGCAUCACCGCAUCCUUGCAGCAAUAUUAUACAGCCAGUUAAGAAACCGAUAACCACCAUUCGAAAACCUGCAUCUUCUAGUGCAUUUACAUGUAGAAGUGCCUUACUACAUAAAUCUUACAAACACCAUUUGAAAAAAGCUAAGGAUCGAAAGGAAAAACGUAGGCAAUCAGUUCAGAGCACGACAUCCAAAGAUACCUCAGAACUGAGAAAUUCAGGAAAUGCGAAAAAAGAUCUUAAGGAUGGUGAAUUCGGGCCCAUUAAUGAAGUAUCGUCAGAUCCCAUUUUUUCAACGAGUCCGUCUCUCAGGUGGUGGGCUACUUCCACCUCAAGUGACACUUUGUUGGAAGAACUAAAUAAUAGAUUUGAACAGAUGACUAAUACCUGGUUGCGAGUGGGGGGACAUGAGUUUGAUAAAUGUGUAUGUGAAAACAGGGAUCCCGUUGAACAAGACUGUAAUGCUGAAAUGUCAGACCCUUUAGACUCCUGCCUUGUAGAGCUUGAAACAUCACCUAUAAAAAUGCUUUUUCAGAAGAAGUGUAACAUGAAUGAACUCUGCACCUGGUUUAUGCAAACUACAGAAACCCAGUCUCUCUCUCUAGUGAGAAAAGCAAAUGCUCGCAAUCCUUUAGAAGUAGUUAGUACUAGAGAGAUAAAGAUGGAAACUAAACAAUCUGAUCUUAGUACUUGCCCUUUCAGAAAGCACUUUAAAAAGUUUGCACUAUCUUCUCCUUCAAAACCAGCAGGGAAAUUGCAAAUAUUACAUAACAUGGUGAGGUCUCCAGUCUUGAGCAUGAGAAGUAAUUUGGCGUUAGCCAGAUUAAAAAGAAAUGAAUUUAAGAAGUUACAGCGUGAUAGGUGGGGGCAGGCGAAAAAGCUCUAUAAUCAGGCUCCUGGAGGCUGGAAAUCAAAAAAGAAAAAUUUGCAGUUCUUUUGCCAAAGCCAGUUGUUUAAAAGUACAAGUGGGGAAACCAGUGAUGAAAUGCCCAAGCUCCAGGAAAUAAAAACAGUAGAAAUCCAGCCCGUGCAGGCUUUGGUAGAAUCUCAGAGUAGCCUCUUGCCAACUGAAAAUGAAGCCAGAGAUGCAUUUGUUCAACAGAUGAUGGGAUCUUCUGACUUUAACCCACAUCCUGGUUUAGCAAAUAUAUUUAAGUCGCAUGCAGAGACAAAUGGAAAAAUUUGCUGCCAACAAAAUGUUAGAGAAAAACAAAGCCAAGAUAAACUGUUUCAAAACACUUGGAAAGCCAAAACCUUUAAAGAUUGUAGGAUAUUUCUGAGAAAAAUCAACCAUAUUGAGCAGCACAAUUCAUUUAAGUUAAAUAAUGUCCUUUAUUCUCCUGAAGCUGUUGAAACUGAAAGCAGUCAGGCCUAUAUGGAAGAAAAAAGACAUCCUCUUUUGAGGUCCCAUUCUACUAAGCAAAACGCAUUACAGAGACAAGAAAAUGAAACGGAAACAUCUAAAGGAUCUAAUUCUUCUAAAGUGACUGAAAGGCUGGAUGACCAGUUUCACAGCAGAAAAUUAAGUAGUGGUGUAAACCAUGAUGAUAGUCCUGCUGGUAGUUCUGAAGUUCUUAUCAGAAUAAACAAAAGAAAAAGUCCACAAUGGGAGACCACUGAUACAAAUGUAAGAAAAAGGCAUAAGAGACAAUCAUGCAGUAGUGGACAAAUGGCAACUUAUUACCCAAAGUACCAAGUAGUUUUGGAUCUUUAG